GGCCCAGAUCUGUAGAUGCACACGGCCUCGUAACAGAGCAACAGGACCAAGGGACAACAAGGGCGCAGGCGAAGAAGAGAGAGAGGUUGCCCAGAGAGUAGACAAUCCAGAGCUUGAGGAGUCUGGGUUUGCGGUUUAUUUUUUCUCCCGACAAAGACACACACUGUCUAAACUGUGUGGCUGGUUGUUAUUAAGAAGCUGCUGUACGAAGGAAAAAUGUAUUUAAUAAAAGGCCCAGUGUUUGUGGUCUUCUUGGGCUCACUGCUGAACUCAGGAAAUCUUGAGGUGUGACCAGUUUUCAGCCUUCAAAACCAAGAUGAACUGCCCUUGAGAAGGGUGGUCAGAAGGGAAACAUGUUCACGCUCUCUCUCCUGAGCCGGGGACAUGGGAAGUUGGUCCAGAAUAAACAGAAGCUAGAAGUCUAUUUUGAACCAGAGGAUUACUUGAACUGGAAGUCUCCAGAAGAUUAUGUCCUGGUCAGCAAACCGAAGGAGGAGGGCAGUGCCAACCCGCACACCGGGAGCCUCUUUCUCCCCAAAACAUUCAGUACUAGGAAGGGGGCCCUGAUCCUCUACUCAGAAGGUUUAGCCUUAUCAGCAUGGACACCGGAAGAGAGGAGACAAGGCCCCCAGCGCCCCAAAGGCCACAGGAAGAGGCCGGGUCUUGAACUGCGCACACUUCAGGACCUCAAAAAAGCCAUCCUGGCGUACGGAAGGAGAGAGAGGGAGCAGGACAGAGCAUGGCAACCGUACCUCCACUUCCGAAGCCAACCAGAGAGCCAGGGCCAACGGCAGAUGCAGCCUGGGUAUUCAGCCAAGAGAUACCUCCGAGGCCUCUUGCGGACAUGGCCCCCUGACACCAUGCCCAGGCUCCAAUGUGCAGGGUACAUCAAGGAUUCUGUGCUGCUCCAGGACGAUCAACUUAAUGUACCAAAGAAUCUCAGGUCACAACAGGAUCUUUCAGGUGUACCCCCAAAAUACCACCUCCUGCCUGUCUUCCCUCCAUUUUGGAUUCAACAAGGAAAAUCUUUUGAGCAAGGUCAGCAGGGCCUGGCCGGAGGGGAAGCUGGGGCUAGCGGACGCAUGGACCAGGGCUCCGUAGCCAAGAACUACAGCAGUCAAGGGAUUCACUUGCCACAGCUCAGGAAGCAGCCAUGGCAGGAAGCCGAAACCCAGGCUGAGGACGCAUCAAUAGAGAAUCACCAUCGUAUACACACUUCAAAGCAGAGCCACAAUGAAAACAUAACCUCCCGAAGGGCCUUUGGGCAUGCCCACAUGGAUCAUUCUUGGCUCCUGAGUGACAAAUCCCACAUUACAUUCAAUGGAGGGGCCUUCCCCAAUAGAAAGGCAGAUCUCAGCGACAGACAAGGGAAUAUAAGACUCCACAAGGGCAGAAGCUGCCACUUGUUACAGGAGCCUCCUGCUGAAAGAUGCCUUUUCCCUCCUAUAGCACCUGCUACUGGCUCGGAGAAAAACACAGCUGGGGAAGUGAAGAAGAAAAAGGUGCCAAAGGCUUUGAAAUUACCCCCUCUCUCAGAAGAACAGCCCAGAGUCCUGGACCCCCUGAGGAGUGAACCUCCAGCAGAGCUCUUCACCUUCCCAGUGGAGAUUCAUUUCCACACCCAACAGCCCCCAAAAGAAAAACUACUUGGAAGAGCUCCACACCCUGAGCCAGGACCAGAAACAGAAGAAAAGGCCAGGCCUUUAUGGAAACCUCCCCUGAAGCAUGCAUCCUUAGAAAAGCCAAGGGAGUUAACCGUGCAUCUCCCAAUGGACACAGGCAGGGACAUGCUCUCACAUCAAGAUGGUGAUGCCCCACCCCAGAAUGUGACCCCACCAUUGUCCCUGAUUAAAGGAAGAAAAAGUCCAGAGAGCCAGAGGGGCCUGGAUAGUCCCAGGACAUCAAGCUGCAGCAGCUCCAUAGGCCCCUUGGAUGUGAGAAGGGCCAGGGGGGCACUCCCAGCAGAAGGACAAGAUUCCAGAGACCCCACACUGGGACACUUCUUGCCAGGUCCAGAUGGAGAAAACAUCUGCCUGUUCCUCCCCAGGCCUACUGAAACCAAGGAGCCUCUUUCAGGUACAGCAAACACUGAAUCCAGAACCCGUCUUCUCACGAAUCUUAAUGAAAUCUCACCUUUGACCCAAAAGCCAGAGAAGCAGGGAGCCCAGCAGUCCUUGGAGGCAGCAGCUCAGAAGACAGGAGAGCCUCAAAGUUGUAUAAAUAAAGGGCUGAUAUGUUCAAACAGAAAAGAAUUUUACACGCGCAAGCUGCACAUCGACAUGACGCCGUUCCUGAAGGAAAAUGGAGAUGAACUGGAUGAUCAUGAAGAACCAGAAGGACCCCUUGGAGAAAAUCAUCAAGACACCCAAGGUGUGGAAACUGAUAUCCUGAAGAAAGAGAGACUCGAAGAAGAACGGCAGCGGCAGGAGGAGGCGGCGAGGAUGCAGCAGCUUCAGUUGCAAGUGGCCCAGGAGAGAGUCCGGCGGCAACGGGAGGCGUUCCAGAGGAAACUGCGAGAACUGCAGAGAACAAAGCAGCAGGAGGAAGCCGAGAGGGCUGAGGAUGAGAAGCAGAGGCAGAAGGAAUUGGAAAUGCAGUUGGCAGAGGAGGAAAAACGCCUGCUGGAAAUGGCUGAAGAAGAACGGCUGGAGCACCAGCAGAGGAAACAGGAAGCUGGAGAGAAGGCUCAGCUGCAAGCAGAGGCGAGAAGGCGAAGGGGAGAGGAGGCCGCAAGGCUGGAUCUGGAGGGAGCCAUGACACGAGCUCAGGAAGAAGCCAGGCAAAAAGCUGCUUUGGAGAAACAUCUUCAUUUCCAUCAAGAUCUCUGUAAGGAAGCCAGUGCCCUGCGGUGGACACACAACAUUUCCAGAUCGUGGGUCUACUCGUACUUCCAGUUCCUACACAUACCCAGACCUUAAGGCUAGAAGAAAACUAAAAAGUAAGUUGGGAGGUAGUGACAGAAAAAGAGAAACUUCUAUAAUGAUGUCCCAUUUCAUCUGGUUCACCUCAACCCACACCUCACUUCACUCUAGGACCUCCAUUCCCACCACCCCUCCCGACCACACAUGUGACUUAACUCAUUUAAAGUCUUCACUCACCUAAAUCCUUUUAUGUUCUCUAGAACCACAUAAAUCCAGAAGCUUUGCUGCCUAAAACUGGCCAAUAAUUUCAUUUGUUGUUUGAAUUUCAGUAAAUUCAGUUGAAUUUCAAUUAGUAAGACUUACAUCAUCUUAAAAGAUGGUCAAAGUAUUUCACUUCACAGUGUGUCUGAAAGAAUUGCAGAUGUAUGGAAAUUCGAUAAUGCAAACAAUUCUGAAUAAGCUAAGCAGUUAGUUCAUAUAUUGAGAACUUUAUUGUCUCUUUAAAAGGCAAAACCACAUCCAUUUCAGCCUAAGAAUCUAAAAUGUAAUGUCCGUUUAAAACAAGGUAAUCACGGGGUGCCUGGGUGGCUCGGUCGUUAAGCGUCUGCCUUUG